GUGCGCAGAGAUUAUGGCUCCCGGGGCUGUCCGGCGGGCUCGGCGUCGAGCUCGGGGCACACCGCCCGCCGGGGCACGGGCCCAAUCGGCCCGCUCGGCUGAGGACUGGUGGUGGGACCGGCUGGCACCCAGCGGCUCUGGAUACCACCUGCUGCAGUCGGACAGCAUGCUGCUGGUAUUGCCCGACCCGGGGCCCGUCCGCGCACAGCGGCGCGCCCCCCGUCGCGCCCCCCGCCCGCAGCUUUCUGGGACCCGCGCGGCUGCCAGGCCCAAGCCCGCACCCACGCCGGAGCAGGGGCCCGACUCCGGCUGGGGCGACCGCAUUCCACUGGAAAUUCUGGUGCAGAUUUUCGGGCUGCUGGUGGCAUCCGAUGGGCCCAUGCCCUUCCUCGGCAGAGCUGCUCGCGUGUGCCGCCGCUGGUACCAAGCCGCCUCCCAACCCGCGCUCUGGCAUACCCUGACCCUGUUGGCCCCGCAGGCGGGCCGCCCCGGCAAAGACGGGGCCAAGGCCGAGAAGAAGCUCCUAACGUCUCUGGAGUGGCUUAUGCCCAAUCGGUUCUCCCAGCUCCAGAGGCUGACACUCAUCCACUGGAAGUCGCAAGUACACCCUUUGUUGAAGCUGGUGAGCGAGCACUGUCCCCGGCUUACCUUGCUCAAGCUCUCCGACUGCCAUGGUGUGACCCCUGACACUCUGGUUAUGCUAGCCAAAGCCUGCCCCCAACUACACAGCUUGAACAUACAGCACUCCAUGGUGGAGUCAACAGCCAUCUUGAGCUUCUUGGAGGAGGCAGGCCCUCGAAUGCGCAAGCUGUGGCUGACCUACAGCUCCCAGACCACAGCCAUCGUGGGUGCACUGCUGGGCAGUUGCUGCCCCCAGCUCCAGGUCCUGGAGGUGAGCGCUGGCAUUCAUCGUAACAGCACUCCUCUCCAGCUGCCUGUGGAGGCCUUGCAGAAAGGCUGCCCACAGUUACAGGUGCUACGGCUGCUGAACCUGAUGUGGCUUCCCAAGCCUUCUGGGAGAGCAGUGACCCUCAGCCCAGGAUUCCCUGGCCUGGAGGAGCUCUGCCUUGCCAGUUCCACCUGCAACUUUGUGAGCAAUGAGAUCCUAGGCCGCCUGCUCCAUGACUCCCCAAAUUUGCGCCUCUUGGACCUCCGUGGCUGUGCUCGAAUCACACCGGCUGGCCUGUUUGACCUGCCAUGUCAGGACCUGGAGCAGCUUCACCUAGGCCUUUAUGGCAUGUCCGACCGGCUGAUUCUAAUCAAGGAGGGUAGCCCCCUGUUGACUCAGAAGUGGUGCCACAGCCUGCGGGAACUGGACUUGAGUGGCCAAGGCUUCAUCGAGAAAGACCUGGAGCAGGCCCUCGCUGCCUUCUCCACCAUCCCUGGGAGCUCCCACCCGCCUUUGUGCUCCCUCAACCUCAGGGGCACCCGGGUCACACCCAGCACAGUCAGCCUGCCCUGCUCCCACAGCUCUGUCAUCAGCAGCUGCCCCGGUCUGCUGUACCUCAACUUGGAGUCCUGCCGCUGCUUACCCAGGGGCCUGAAGCGGGCCUACCAAGGCUCAGAGGCCAUCCAGUGGUGCCUGGAGCAGCUGCUCACCAGCCUCCCUUCUGCCAGCUAGGCAGCCUGGGUCUCAGGCCCUGCCAGUAGGCCCCACCCCGCACCUUUUUUCUCUUUGGGAUGUUUGAGCAUUAUGUUACAAUAAAAUGUGUUUUAUUUACUU